UGUAUUAUGUACACUUUUAAAAAAGUGAGUAGCCACCAUAAAUUCAUAUAUAUUUUUUUGUUGGUUGUAAUACCGUUGAAAAUUGAGAAUACGAAUCCAAUCAUAAAAACCAACUUUAUCAAAUGCAGUUUAAAUCCAAAGAGGAACUACGCCGGGACGGAAUACUCAUCCUUGCAGCAUUCAGUCGGAAGCCUCCCUCUCCUGCCCGGACAAGAAAAGAAGGGAAGAAAAGCCAUAAGAAGGGGAGAAAUUUUCCGAUAUGAAAAGCCCUCCGUCGAGUUUCUUCCUUGUGCGCGCUUCAACACAAAAUUAGGAUUCGACGAGAGAGCCAGAGAACGAAACCGCCUUCUCUCGACAAUGACCACCACCGUCGUGAAAGAGAGGCAGGGCAGCCACCACCUAAUCCUCCACUCCAUCACCCUGAAAAAACCCACCGCCGACGAUCCUCCCAACUCCUUCUUCCCCUUGGCCCGCCGCUACAACGUCUCCGCCCUUCCCCCCAACAACAACAACAACACCAACCCCCACGAAAUCCGCUGCCAAUCGUGCGGCGCCCUCGCGGAUUUCAACACAAAUCCCGCACCGCAGCCGAACACGCUGGCCGGAUACCUAGACCAGCUGUCCGAUUCGGAGAAGCACAGGGCGCGGAUGCGGGAAGCGGCGCUGGAAGGCCUGGUUCGAGAGCUGACCAGAUUUCCCGAGGAUCGGUUCCUCGAUUCGAAUCGGGUGACUCUGGUGGACCAGUGCCUCCGCGUCGUCAAAAGGGGGCGGUCGGCCGAGGAGCUGGUGGCGGCGGUGCGUGCGAUUGGGCUGGUGGCGAUGAUCGUCGGCGACGACGUGGAGGCUGCUCACGAGAUCUACCGGGAUUCGGUCCCUAAGCUGUUUGGGGCUGUGAAAUUAUCGGGCGGGUUUAGGUUCGAGCUGCCCGCUCAGGUGGUGGAGUGUUUGGCUGUGGUCACUUUCUUCGGCGGAUACCUAUCGGAGCAUAGGUUGGAAUCGAUGGCCAUGAUUUGGGACUAUUUUUUCCGCGACUCUGCUGAUGCUGCUGAACAAGGGAAGAAGAAGAAGAAGAAGAAGGAGCAAUCACCAGAACUAGUUGCAGCCGCCAUAUCAUCUUGGUGCUUCAUGCUGUCCAGCAACAAGUACGGGAUCAGCCGAACCCACUGGCAAAAGGCAAUUCCUUGCUUCUUCCGUCUUCUGGGCCAUGACAACGAAUUCGUAGUCCUUGCAGCUGCCGAGGCACUAGCUUUCAUCGUCGAGAUCGACUCUCACAUGAGCGUUCCCAAGUCUGCUGCUGUGGAAGAUAAUGGAUCACAAGGAGAGUCGUCGUCAUCAUCUUCUUCUUCGUCUCACCCUUCCAUACACAACAUUGCCCAGAAACUGAACGAGCGGCUGCUUCUGAUGAAAGCGAUCGACCAUGAAGAGGGGAAAGAGCAAGAGAACACCAGAGCUACCAGGCUGGCGUUUGUGGCGAAGUUCUUCGAAGAAGGCAGCUCAAGCAAGAGAUUGGAGGCGACGGAAGAAAAGGGUACGAUGCUGACAACAUGGACAGAAAGGCUGCAGUUUGCGUUUCUAGAGGGGUUUCUGGGAAAAGAAACGUUGGCUGAGCACAUCAAGGUGAACAAGCAGUUGCAGAGUAUGUUCACGUUGAAGAUGGCGGCAAAGAAGGUGGAUGAGAAACCGAGGAUCGUGGCUUAUGACGUCGAGAGGGAAGAAGUGAAGUCUCGUCUUUACAAGCCGGAACUGAAGUGGAUGACCAACGAGGAUGGCUCGCUGUACAACGAGGGGAGCAAGCAGAGGCUGAUCCUCAAGAAACUCACCAAAUCGCCUACUUCUUGGUGGAGCAAAGCAAGGACACAGCACAUGAAGAAGCAGCGCCAAGUAGCAGCUACUGACCGCGGCAAGAACAUAAUAGGUCCUGAAUACGACUAACUCUACACAUUGAUCCCUUUCAAUGCCAAACACACCCGCAAACUUCUGCAGCUUUCUUUCAUUUCCAGUUUGAACUUUCUUCGGUCACUUCCAGUUUCAAAAUUUUAUGUUAAGCUGUUACUUUUCUCCUUAAUCAUAUUUAUGUAUUGGUUAAUUAUUUUUAUCACAAGUAA